AUGAUGAAUAAGAGAACAUUAUAAAAUAGUUUUAUUAAAACUAUUAACUUUUGUUUAAUAUAAAUACUUUAUAAUGUAGAGUAAUAGAGAUCAAAUGAUUAAGUAAUUAAUCUUUCAUUAAUUUUGAUUAUAAUUUUGACUAAUAUUCAAUAAUUAUUGAUUCCAAUAAAUGUAAUAUAAGAGAUGAAUAGACUAAAAUAAGAUCACUUCGUUUUAGAUAAAUUUAAGAAAGGUUAUUAGAGACCAUAUUUUAAUAAUAAUUAAAUUAAAAAUGGUAUAAUAAUGAAGAAAAUUGUGUUGAAGGAUGGUAAUUUGAUGAUAAUUCUUGUUUUAUAGGAAAUUAUAGAGCACUUUGUGAAUUAUGUGAUAUUGAAAAUAUAAGAGGAGAGGGAUCAUUAAUAUCUUAUUCCUUUAAAUACAUACUUUAUUUUAUAAUAAAUCCAUAUUCCAAAGAAAUGA